GGUCACAGAACGGCUAAGGCAGCUUUAAGUGGAGGGUGGAUAUUUAUCCCUGCGUUUGCCUUGUGUUCUCCACUCUGAAAAAAUGUUGUGCCUGCUCUUUUUCCUGGUGACUGCUAUUCAUGCUGAACUCUGUCAUCCAGAUGCAGAAAAUGCUUUUAAAGUACGACUUAGUAUCAGAUCAGCUCUGGGAGAUAAAGCGUAUGCCUGGGACACAAAUGAAGAAUAUCUCUUCAAAGCGAUGGUGGCCUUCUCCAUGAGGAAAGUUCCCAACAGGGAAACAACGGAAAUUUCCCACGUCCUAGUUUGCAAUGUAACCCAGCGAGUGUCCUUCUGGUUUGUGGUUACAGAUCCUUCGAAAAAUCACACCCUUCCUGCUGUUGAGGUACAGUCAGCCAUAAGAAUGAGUAGGAAUCGGAUCAACAGUGCCUUCUUUUUGAAUGACCAGACUCUGGAAUUUUUAAAAAUUCCUUCCACUCUUGCUCCACCCACUGACCCAUCUGUGCCCAUCUGGAUUAUUAUAUUUGGCGUGAUAUUUUGCAUCGUCAUAGUCGCAGUCAUGCUAUUGAUUUUAUCAGGAAUCCGGCAACGUAGAAGGAUGAGCAAAGGACCAACUGAAGUGGAUGACACUGAGGAGAAGUGUGAAAACACGAUCACAAUUGAGAAUGGCAUCCCCUGCGACCCUCUGGACACCAAGGGAGGGCGCAUUAACGACGCCUUCCUGACAGAGGAUGAGCGGCUCACCCCUCUCUGAAAGGCUGCUGAUUUGGUCCCCCAGGCAACCCAACACGUGUCUCUGUGCAACUGCUGAGCAUUAUAAAUGAUCAAGGGCAGAUUGUAUAUUUUGUUUCACCAUUCUUCUCUUGUAAGAAAUUUUUAGUGUGCAUGAAAGUAAAAUGCAAUCAGUUAUACCGAUGAAGACCUUUGGAAUCAUAAGCUGUUGACUCCUCAAGAUAUUCCACAAUAUUUCACUGACAACACAAUGUGUAAGUGUAGUCAUGUGUCUUUAGUUAUUGGUUUAAAAAUGCAUUCGUGUUAAGCAUUUCCAGAAAGAAGGUCAGGCUACUACAUAUAUAUAUAUAUUUUUCACACUUUGAAGACCUAAAGAGAAAUAUUUUUUCCAGUGGAGAAUACCUAUAAUAUGGUAUAUAAAUCUUUGGGAAUGGAUUUUUUUAUUGUUUGGAUCACUCUGUAUAUGACUAAGUAAGCAAGAAUAAAAAAUAAUGAUUAUAACUGAGAGAUGAAAAUGGGAGUUCAAUACAUGAACUGAAAUUUGAUCCUGUUAUCACAUGAAUACUUAUUUAUUCUCUAUCAGUCUCUAAUAGUGUAGCCCCAUUUGCUGACUAUUUCUGCAAUUUGUAAAAGUACAAUCUAUGUGAAUUUAAUAAAGUGCUAAUCACCUCUUUUUAAUUAUG